AGCUAAUUAGGUGUGUACUAACAGCAUUGCACAAAGCUGGUACAUGAACAGUGUCAGAAAUACAUCCAGUGUCUGUGCUGUGCAGCUUCAGAAAGGGUCACUGGAUACAGCUUUGAAGAGGGAUUUGCUUUGGUAUUACCUUAAGUAUUCUGCAUUUUCACUUAACCUUCCUUAAGCCUUUUGUGUUUUAGCUCAUAAGGUCAUUGAUACCAUCAUCCAGCAUCACAGUUGUAGCAGUAGUAGCAAUCAUGGCUAGAUGUAACACUUUCUUUAGUGUAAAGCUACAGUAAGCUAUGAAGUAUUUUGUUUUCAGAUAGAACAGCAGUUCCUUGACUGUAGGUUGUGUUGGAAGUGACUGCUUGGAAAUAGGUCACUCUUCCUUACUUCCUUUCUUUGAGAGCUGGGAUAAGAAGUAGAGGAAACAGGACAACCAAGAUCAUCAUAAUUUCAGUUGGAAUAGCUCCAAUAAAUAAAAUGGUUAAAAGAAAUCCAAGGUUACAGAAAAGCACUGCUAAACCCUGUGACAGCUUUUGCCCCCAGGCAAUGUUGUUUCGACAGUGUGACUUUGGGCAGGACUGGGCUUUUGCCACAGGCUUUGCACUACUGCGUGGUUGCCACCUAUACUCAGGAUGAGGUGUUAUGUAAUGGGGAGACUACCUUGUCUCUCAGUCACUUUGUAUCUGUCCUGCAGGAGUUGUGGUUUUGUUCCAAAAUUGGCCUUCUCAACCAUCUAGUGUAGCACCAUGAGAGAAAUCAGUUCCUGUGGAAGGCCUUGUCCUAGCACAGUCCUUGCAGCUUCUAUGAUGUAGUGAGAUUUUUUUUCAACCACCAACUUGCCCCUCGUAUUUGAGCUUGUGUUAACUAGCAGGAUUAGAGCAACAUAAACCCUUUUAUUUGAAUGAUAGUUGAAACUGUUAAAAACAUGUUUAGUUAUGAUUUGUUAGGUGAAUGUCUCAAAAAGCAAAACUUUUUAAUGCCUAUCCAAUCUAUUUGUGCUCUGCAACCUAAUUACAUUGUCUAAAUGGUACAUGCUUGAGUAUUCAGGUUCAGAAAAAUCUUCUGAAACACAAGUUUGGAAAAUCGUGGUUUCAGGGGUAGUCUGGGCCAGGCAGGCCUGUAUCAGGCAAAUCUGAAAUCUGUAUUUGGUUGGUAGAUGUUGUAAUAAAGAGUAGCAUUGGUAGCCAACUGCACAGGAAUGAUAAUUUGAGAAGAGUCAAAGAAGCAUUUGUGAGGAAGUCCUGUCUUGGGGAAUUGUGUUCUUGGGAGGAUCAGCAAGAAGUAAAGAUUUUCUGGUUCAAAAAUCAAAGUGAACUUCAUCAAAAGGACUUUUUAAGGAAAGAUGAUGUAACAGGGGAGGUCUUGGCACAAGUAAAUGACAGUUUAAGAGGUACAGUCAAAGGAUAGAGGUAGAAGGUCUGUUCUCAGUUAAACGAGGGUCCCAGUUAAUUUCCACAGAGACCUGUGGAGCUUGUUCAUGAAUGGUAUCAGUAAGGGGAUCAGCAGUUGGGUGAGCAAGUUUGCUGUGAAGAAGAAAGCUAUCUGUGGAGAACAAUGGAAGGACAUUAAAGUGCUGAGGACUAUGCAAUAAAAUUGGUGAUAAGAUUCAGUAUAGAUAAAUUAUGAUGAUAACUAAGAAAGAUAACUGGGCAGAACAAUCCCUUUUAUAUAUUGGACUGAGUUUGAGCUGAGUAUUACCACUGAGGAGUAACACUUGGGAACUGUGAUUGGCAAUCCUGUGAGAUCAUGAACUCAUUGGUCACUAAAACACAAUUGAAAUAUUAGAGUAGAAAUGUACAGAAUAAAUUUUGAUAAUGUCAUUACAAGAGUGUAUGUUUAAGUUGCUUCCAAGUGUUGUGUGUAUUUCUGGAGCCUUCAAAAGUACAUUAGAACUGGAAGAAGCUUAGAGAAGGUCAGUAAGGAUGAUGAGCUACAUACAUGGCUUCUAUUAAAGAACAUUUCUGUAAACUGGAACUUUGGUCUGGGGAAGUAAUUAAUUGAGGGCAAUGUUGCAGGGGAACAUGUGCAGAGGAAGGAAGAUGAAUACUAACCACUGCCUUUCAAAACAAAAGCAUGCUCAGUUAAGAGGGAAGGCACAUUCAGAGCCUUCAAAAAUAAGAGGUUCUCCAUGAAAUCAGUAGUGGAGAGACCUGUGGGAUGAUUUGUUAAAUGUAUAUUGUAGAUACUAUAAAAAAAUUUAUGGUUUCCAGGAGAAUUGUGGACUAUUGCUUGGAAGGGUGAUGUGCUCAAAAUUGCUAAACAGAAACCACAUAUGGUUCAGAAAGUGCCCAACAUCAAAGGAGUAGGGGUCUGAAGAGAAUCAGAGACAUAUCACACGUCUGUGACCUGUUCUGUACUUUUGGCUAUUACUGAAGAUAGAAUACUGGCCUAGAUGUAGCACUGUCCUUGCCCUCACACCCACACUCAUUUUAAGGUGCUUUGUGGCGAAGGAAAAUACUUUUCCUUAGAAAUAUCAAAUUAGUUCCUGACCAUAUUAAUGUAUAAUCUCAUGUACAUUUAGGUGGUAUGUUCAUGCUUGCAUGUGCAUCUACAGGAUUUCCUUUGCAUUUUAUUAUAAAAUAGUAUGGGCCUGCAUGCAGAUUAAACAGUAACCAAAGUUUGUUUUCACAAAAGCAUCAUCACUUUAAAAAUGGGUGCAGAUUAUUCAUGAGGAGGAGGGGUGGUGGUGGUGGUAGUGUGAUUCCAAAACACACAAAAACACUUCCGCAGGUUUUAAAAAUUCUAACAGUAAUUACACUAACAGUGUUAUUUGUAUCACAGUCUCUCUGAAGUUUUUAGAAAAACAUCUAUGCAGUGCCAUAGAGAUUCUUAAAAAGUCCAUAAAACCACAAUCAUCAGAUGGGUUAGCUCUAGGCAGCUCUUGUUUCCUUUAAUUUAGUAUAUAACCAGGAAUCCUUUGGAACAUUUAGUAACCAAAACUGAGCUCUCAAGAUUUAAAGUGGACCUAAGUAAUCUGGAACAUGGAAAGCUCACAAAGAGAUGCUGGAUGGUAUUGUGAUUUUUUUUUUCUUUAAAUUACAGACUAUUAGGUCAUGCUAAAAUAAACAUUAGUAAGUUCAUGUUCUACUUUUCCAGAAACUGAAGGGGAAAAAAAAGGGCAAGCAUGAUAGAAUUUUUCUUCUAUAUUCUGAAAAAAAGUUAUGUAAUCCUCUUUCUAGUGUAGCAUAUUAUAAGAAUGAGUUACUUUCUAAAAUUAAAAAGCUAGUUUUCCAAAUUUCAUGACUGUAGUACAGCUCUCAGAAUGGCAUAGAAUUACAACAAUGAAAAAAACCAUUAAACUUAAUAGUCAUAUCUAUAUAAAUACCUCUUUUUGUAUGAUGGUUACUGUCCCACAGGAAUCUAGUGGGUUUUUUCCUCCAAGUGCUUUAUUUAUUAAUUAAUAAAAGAUAUGUAUAUUUAACAGAUGUUUACUACUGAAAUCUGUGUAUUUACUACCCACAAGAAAAUAAAUAUGUUUAGUAAUUUUAGUGCAUUUGUUUCCAUUGCUACCCAAAUUUCAGAUUGGUUUGAAGGGAUUGGGAUUUUUUUUCUGCUCAACUGCCUGCAGUUUCUGUAGGUUUCUCUGUAGGUUUUGUGGAUGUUUAAAAAAAAACACAAAACAGCAAAGCCUUAAAUAAAAUUUAGUAUUGAUGAAUCUUGUAUUUUUCUGUCUUCUAUAUUAUAUUCUUUGCAGCAUAAUCAUCACUCUGCACACAGUAGAUAUUAGUAAUGUGCUGUCACUAACAGUAGACUACAAUGGUUGCCUGGUUUUAGUUUCAGUGGUUAUGUUAUUUCAUUGUGUUCUAGAUGUUAGGCUGUUUCCCUGAGGGGUGAACUCUUAUGUGUUAUUAUCUCUAAGUCAUUCUUAUGUUUAUAUCUAAGAUCGCUGGAGAGAUAUUUUCAAUGUUUUGCCCACAUCAUCCCAUUUUCCUGCAGCAGCUUUUGCAGGCAGUUCUCCUGCUGCAUGUCUGGAUUUGGGGAUUUGGUUGUGUCUUCCUGCAGCCUGUGCAUGCUCUCGCUGCUGUCCUACCAUGCUCCCUCAGCCACCCCUCUGCACUGUAGGCUAGAGCUUGAAUCUUUGGAACAGGAUUUCCCUGAAAUGAGUUGUGUGCUAUAAGCAGGUCCUGAAGUUCAAGACAAAAUAAAUACAGCCUUGUAUAUAUUUUUUAAAAGCCCACACAGCAAAACUAUCUGUUCUUUUGUGAUUAGUUUGCCUAUGUGUGUGCUCCCUUUACACGAAGCACCGCUGUACCGCAGGGCCAGUGCCUGCAUCUUUGAAUGGUUCUUUGCAGUGACUGUUGUCUGAAAAUGCAGAUGGCCAGGUGGCAUCACCCACCUCUCAAUGCCAUCUUGUCCCACUGGGGCCUCAGUGUUGGACCUCUUCGUCUUUUCACAUCUGUAUGUCAGCUUAUAAAAGAAGAGGAGCUGUAAAAGUGUGGCUGAUUUCCAGCUGCUCUCAGGUGGGGUACCUGCCAGCUCUCCCCUCUCACUGCCUGCCAUACAAAAGGCCACAGUGCCAGAGACAGGGCUCUGGGGGCCAAGAUCUGUCCCUCCUGCCAUUUGGCAGUGCCUUAUUUUUGGACAGUUGUGCCAGGUGUCUGCACAUGUUGCUUGCUGUUCACAUCUCUUCCAAAUUACACAAAAAAGCAGACAGAAAAUUAAAUUUCACUUUGUGAAAGUGCAGGUGUGAGCCUCUCCUGGCCUAGUCAGACUUUAUGGCCAAACUCACUUUCUGUUGUCUCACCCUAGCAAUGCCCAAUUCUUCCUUUCUGCUCUCCAGCAUCAAUGCCUCAGCUUGAGUAUCCAGAUGUAGAACCACAGGGAGACCUUCAUUGCCCCUUUCCCUCUCCACCCCUAUUCAGCCAAGAACAAAUGGGGGGGAUCUGCAUCUUCCCACCAAAGCCAGGAUUCUCUUUCUAAGUAUGAGCAAAGGUGAGCAGGCUCCCUCAGCUGUCUCUUUUUAAAAGUGUCAUGCUGUUCAAAUAAAUUCAGAUCAAAUGGCCUGCCAAGCACAAGCAGGGAUGUGGACCCCUGAAUCAGUCAGAAGACUUGAUUUUAAUUCAACAUGGAGAAAGGCACCCCUAAAUAGGUUGAAGCAUCAAUACUUCAACAUCUUUGCAUGGAUUUUUCUUACUUGCUUGACUGUUUCCAUUGGUGGGAUCAGCUUCUCCAUCUGAGAUCCUUCCUUACGGAAAGUUAAUUCUCUCUAGAGGGCCUCUGAAAGCCACAGGUGAGAAGCUGGAUCUUCUGCUGCCUGCAGCUACUCUGAGUUGAAGCAUCUGCUGCAAAAAAUCUAGUGUUUUUCUACGGAGCUGGGCUGACCUCCCGCUCUCUCUCUGAGGCCUGUACAAGUGUGCAGUAGGCACGUUGAUCCUUGUUGAUCCAGGAAGGGUGUCUGAGCCUUGCAGGGCAGCAGGUCCCAGCAUGCUGUCCUGGAGCAGUACAGGCACUUUGCCACUUCUGCCCUCAGCCCCUUCCAGCAGCUAAAUCAGCAGGAGGCUUAAAUCUGCUCCCCCACAAAAUGGAACUGCCCAGUGAGAGGCUCGUAUGUAAGCCCACAGGACAGGGAAUGCUAAAGAAGGCUACAUGGUGCUCCUUCUUUUGUCCCCUUAAUGUGGGGUUAGUGUCCUUCAUCUUCAGGAGCUCUGGCAACAUUUGCCCUGUUUUAAGAGCUCCAGCUGAAGGGGUGGGGUUUGUAGUUAGAGUCAUAGAACAGUUUGGGUUGGAAGGGACUUCAAAGAUCAUCGAGUACCAACCCUCAUGCCAUGGGCAGGGACAUCUUCCACUAGACCAAGCUGCUCAAAGCUCCAUUCAACCUGUCCCCUUGAACACUUCCAGGAAUGGGGCAUCCACAGCUUCUCUGGGAAACCUCUUCCAAUGACUGCCUCUCUACAAAUGGAGGUACUGUCUGAUAAUCAUUUUGGCUCUUCUGAGCCACGAUGAUGAGAUCAGCUGUCUCUUGCUGAUGAUUUCACCAGCUCAGCUGCCCCAGCUGUCCCUGAUUGCUCCAACAGAGCAGAUUUCAUUUGUCGGUACUUUUUAGUCAGGUGACUGCUUGCCAGUGCUUUUUGGACUAUUAGUCACCUGGUACAGAAAAGAGGAAAAAUCUUUACUUAUGCUAUGGUAAUGGUGGCUCUUCUGGUACAUGGGCAGUAGAGGCAAAAAGGCAUCUGUUGUCCUUUACUCUGAAUGGGUCUCUACUGUUGGCAAACCUGAGAGAGGCUGGACUGGGGCAUCCUGAGAUUAGUUUGCUCCAUUACCACCCUGAGCAGCGGCAACUCCUUGCCUCCUUGGGUUGCAUUUGUUCAUCCUCUUUUCUUCCUCAACUAGGAUGCUGGUCGGUGUUUCAGCUUUCCAAACCUCACACAAUUCCAGCUAGGAUAUCAACUCUUGCCCAUAUAUUGCUCUCCUAUGCCCCCACUCCCUUUCAUCAACCACAGCAAACCUUGCCAGCUCAAGUCACAUCAGUGCCUAAACCCCUGAGGUGGGAGCACAGGUUUGGGAGCAGCAGGGGAGAGGGAGGUUGCCAAAGCAGCAUGUUGGUGGCAGUGGUGGGGUUUGUGCCACAGCGUGAGUGAAGAGCAGAGGUGGGAGCUGCCGCUGCUGCUGGCCGUGCUAGGUGGGGCAGUGGUGGCAGAGCGUGGCACUGCUGAGGAGCCCUUUGCCUUGUGCAGAGCUGAGGUGGUUCACAGGCACAGCCUGGAUGGACAUAACUGGCUUCAAGGACAUGGUCCUGUCCGUGUGAGUACGUGCUCACCUGGGAUCUGUGCGGACAGCACUUCUUAAAGAAUCACAGUUUCCGUAGGACCAGUAAAAAUGGGAAGUACUGGAUUCUGGUUUCCUCCAAGAAGAGUCAGCGGAACUGGUUAAGACCAAAAUCUGAGGACUUUAGUGGGCAAACAUCAGUCCCCUUUUGCUUUCUUUUACGACCACAUGAAACUUGAGAAGCCAUCUAAAGCUAAAUCAUUUAGUGGAGUUGGGCAAUUCCCAAGUGUCCAACAAGAAGGCCUGGUUUAGGCUGCGAUGGCCACUGUCAUUCCUGGUGAUUUGUCAGAAGUAAGAGAUACCCAGAAAGUCCCUUCAGGGAAACGUAAGCGUGGUGAAACCAAACCAAGAAAAAACUUUCCUUGCCAACUGUGUGACAAGGCCUUUAACAGUGUUGAGAAAUUAAAGGUUCACUCAUACUCUCACACAGGAGAGAGGCCCUACAAGUGCACACAACAAGACUGCACCAAGGCCUUUGUUUCUAAGUACAAAUUACUAAGGCAUAUGGCUACUCAUUCUCCUGAGAAAACCCACAAGUGUAAUUAUUGUGAGAAAAUGUUUCACCGAAAAGAUCACCUAAAGAAUCACCUACAUACACACAAUCCCAACAAAGAGGCCUUUAAGUGUGAAGAAUGUGGAAAGAACUACAAUACCAAGCUUGGGUUCAAACGUCACCUGGCUUUGCAUGCUGCAACAAGUGGUGACCUCACCUGUAAGGUAUGUUUGCAGACUUUUGAAAGCACAGGAGUGCUGCUGGAGCACCUAAAAACUCAUGCAGGCAAGUCAUCGGGUGGAGUGAAGGAGAAAAAGCACCAGUGUGAACACUGUGAUCGUCGGUUCUACACCCGAAAGGAUGUCCGCAGACACAUGGUAGUGCACACUGGAAGAAAGGACUUCCUCUGUCAGUACUGUGCACAGAGAUUUGGGCGGAAGGAUCACCUCACGCGCCACAUGAAGAAAAGUCACAACCAAGAACUUCUGAAGGUCAAAACAGAGCCAAUGGACCUUCUAGAUCCCUUUACCUGCAAUGUUUCUGUGCCUAUUAAGGAUGAGCUGCUUCCAGUGAUGUCUUUACCUUCCAGUGAACUGACAUCAAAGCCAUUUACAAACACUUUGCAAUUAAAUCUCUACAACACUCAGAUUCAGUCCAUGCAGAGUUCUGCAUCUGCACACCAAAUGGUUGCCACAUCGUUACCAUUGGGAAUGCCUUGUCCAAUAGAUAUGGAGUCUGUCCACCCUUCUCACCAGCUAUCGUUGAAAUACCCGCUCGGUACUACCUCAUACUCAAUUUCUAUGCCUGAAAAAGAACAGCCAUUGAAAGGGGAAAUUGAAAGUUACUUAAUGGAGUUGCAAAGUGGUAUGCCUUCUUCAUCCCAGGAUUCUCAAGCGUCUUCAUCAAAACUAGGGCUGGAUCCACAAGUAGGGCCACUAGAUGAUGGGUCUGGGGAAGUUUCCCUUUCCAAGGGCUCCGUUCCUAUUAGUGAACCUCUAAAUGCCCCAUCAUUGGACUUUUCUCAGCUGUUCAACUUCAUACCUGUAAAUGGCCCUCCCUAUAAUCCUUCUGUUUCAGUGGGAAACCUCGGGAUGAGUUAUACGCAAGAGGAGGCACAUUCUUCUAUGACUCAGCUCCCACCACAAACCCAGGAUCCACAAGAUCCCAGCAAUAGUAUAGGUCUUGGGUCUCUGCACUCAUUGUCAGCAGCUUUCACAAGCAGUCUAAGCACAACCACCACCCUACCACGAUUUCAUCAAGCUUUCCAAUAGGAUGUACAAAGCUGGCUUGUUAACUGUCUAUUUGUAGAAAUGCCUUAGGUGACCAUUUUUAACUUAGUGCCUACUAUAAGACAUUAUAAAUUCUCCGCUUUUGUACAGUACCAAUCUCAUGAAGCCAGUAAGAAAUUUAAAUUAACUUUUUUAAAAUGUUUUGAAAGUGUUUAUUCUCAGCUGUGUUUACUUUGGUUUGUUGUUUUUUUUAAACAGUCUCAUUGUAUUGUUUUCAUUUUCACUGCCAAUUUACACAUUCAAAAUGUUCAGUAGAAAGUCAUCCCAAGCAAACUCACAACACUCAUCCCGUUUUUAAAACUUUUUCAACCAUACCAGCUAUUCUGUUUUAUUGAUGUCAGUGGUAGAACUGCCACUUUUACCUUUUAAUAUAUUUUACUAUUUGCAAAUAAUCCAUUUAAAAUAUGUAUCACAAGGAUUCCUGAGAUUUGGGGAAAAAAUUAUCCAGUCUGUUUCCAAACAAAUCCUCUUCCCAAAUGGUGACACAUCUGACCUGUUCUAUAAUGACAAAUCUAAAUUUUUUAAAUGAAUAUAAAAUUCAGAUUUUUCUGAAAACUUGUGUGUGUAUAUAUAGAAGUCGAUAUAUACACAUGUACAUAUAUAUAGCAUUUUGACUUGUAUUGAAGUCAUUAUAAAAGUUUUUAAGAAUUUUGCCAUUUUCUGGCUUAAAUUUUGGUGGCCUGUUAUGGAUAACAGAAGAAAAAAAAUUAGUGUAAUUCUCUAAAAUUAGGGCUGAACAGAAUUUCGACAGAGAAUCUCUGCUUGCCUAAAUGACAGAUGUUUCAAGUUGAAUUUGAAACUGUUGUGCUUUCGUGACUCUGGUAUAGGGAAACAGGCAAAAGUAAUGGCUGAUCUUGAAAUAUAAAAGUGUUGUAAUGUAGUAAUGCAGAAUAUUUUGUCGCAGUUUUUGUUUUAAUUCUUAACUUGCUGGUUUUUUUCUCUUUAGUAGCAUAGAAAGAGUACUGCAUAGGAACCUUCCAGUAGUGUGUUCACGUCUGUAGGCGUCAGUCUUCUCCCCGCUGCCACCGCCAAAGGGUGGAUCAAGUCCAGCCAGAAAGUGUGUACCUAUUUUCAGUUCAAAACUAGUGUGCAGUCAGAAAGUGAAUGUAAAUUUGCAGCUACCAGUUUGUUUUGUUUUGUUUUGUUUUUAUUGGAGUGAUCUUUUCAGUUGUGUUACAUGGUGUGUUAUGUCCUCCUAAGCAACAAGUUAGAUGUUAAUCACACUUUCUACACCUGGGUACUUGGUUAGGGACUUUUUGCCCAUUGCCAAGAUUUAAAGACAGGACUCUUAGGAGUGAAGUAAAAGCAUAUUGCUUACACCACUUUUACCUAAUGCAAUAUAUAUUCUAUCCCCCAACCCCUAAUAACCAAAAGAGGAAAAAAACCCUAAAAAAACAACCAACCCUGUGAUGCAUAAAAGCAAACUAGAUUUGCUGCAAUUCAACAGUAACAUUAUUUUCCUUGUCAUUUUCGUACAAGGAAUUAAAAAAUGGAAAUCGAGUACAUUAGUAUCUCUCAAACAAUAAUGAGAAUUCAAGGUUUUAAGUGGUUAAACUAAAUAUACUUCACAGAAACAAAAGUUGCUCCCAUUUAAGGAGCUCAUGCUCCGGAUGUUUUAUCAGUAGCUCCUACUGGUUUUUUUUAAUGCUAGGAGCAAUAUGCAGGUGUAGUUUUACUAUUUUAUACAUAUGUGUAUUUAAAUUUUAUUACUGAAAAAUAACAUUUUUAUAAAUGUGUUUAUGUUCCAAAGGCAUUAAAAUAAGGAUGUAUUAAUAAGGAAAAUACCUUUUGAAAUUCUGCAAACUACUCCUAGAUUUUGGUUUUAGGAGCACGUUAUCUCAAAGUGGGCGUUUAGCUCUGCUUCACGACUGCUUCCUCUGGUUUCUGUGAAACAGAUUGCUCGCUUGCUUACAUCUUUAGUUGAAUGACUUGUUCAAUAUUGCUUUUUUUUCCAUUCACCUUUCUAAAGGAAAGAAAAACACAGAUGAACAGAGCACAAGCUGAAUGCAACCGAACAUAGCUCUAGUUUACAUGAACGACCAUAACGCAUCUAAAAAACUUGGAUUUAUUCUCAAGCCUUUUAAUCUGAGAUGAAGAUAAAUGGACUUAAUUCCUCCAGUGGGUUAUGCCGAGCAUCUGCAACUCUCCCUGCCGCAGAGGAAAGCUGCAGGUGCUUGGCAUCCUGCAGCUGGCCCAGCAGUGUGGCCGGGCAGCGCUGCCCUUCCUGGGCAGCCUGUGGCAGACAAAUUUCCAGUCUGGAGCCACUUGUUAUCAGCCCCAGCUGCUGAAAGACUUAAUAAAAACCAAAACCCACAGACACUUUGCCAACACCUGUUUCUUAGUGCAUAGCCAGAACCCUUACUACCUUGUUUGUGCCUUAGCUUCCUGAAAAGGGAUUGACAUUUCACUUGGAGUUAGAUAUACAUUUCACUUGAGAAAUAGAGACCUCAGACAAGAUAUUGAACCUCAUUCAGUCAGGGUUUCAGUGGGUGACUGCACCCAGAGUGUUUGCAGCUGAACUAGGAUGUAGGGUAACAUGGAAGCAGACCCUUUAAGCAAUACCAACACCACCAGAGUGCUUUUGAGCAUCACUUAGGCAGAGUCAAUAUUGGCCACUACUAAACCAUCAGUUUUUAAACCCUGUUUUCUUGAUUUCCCAUGGAUUCUUGGUGGGAGGGGGGAGGGCUGGCUGAUCGUGCACCACUCUUUGUGCAACUUCUAAACUUCUAGUAAGGUUGUUUUGUUGUUGGUUUUGUUUUUUUUUUAAUAUAUAUAUUUUUGUGUACUUGUUGCUUGUGCUUUAUUUAGUAGUAAAUUGUGGAAUAGAGUGAUUUAUUGUUAAUUUGGCAGUAGCGGUUUUUAAAAACCAUAUACUGACUGAAACAUGAGCCAGAGCUGAUUGCUUUAUUAAGCUAAUAAUGAAUGUUAAGAGUACAUAUUUUCAGGAUCAUUUGCCUAGUGAGCUAAACUUGUAUUAUAGGCCAAUAUUUUUUAAAAUAAAGCUUGGUCAACCUCUAUGUUACACAUAUUACAAGAUAUAGCACUUUCAAAAAGAAAACCUAAACCUUUUAAGAAAAUUUCUUACAGGUUAUGCUUUUUAUUAUAAAACCUUUUAUUAUAAUUUGUUUCAAGUGCCAUUAGAUUACAUAUAUGUAGGCCUUUGGUAUAAUGCUUUGUGUACAAAAUGGUAGACAUUGUAAUUUUAAACAGGUACAUUUUUACAGUGUUUUCUUAUCAAUUUGCUAUAUUGCACAGAACCAGUGUGUCUUUCUUAAGGGUUUUACAAUGGUUUUUACUAGGUUUACAUGUUUCAAACUACACUGUCUUCUACUGCCAUUUUGAAUACCAGUCAAAAACAAUUAGGAGUUCGUCCUCACCAUUUGCAAACUGUCUUCUGGAGUUCUUGAUGGUAAACUUUGUCAAAAAUAUUUAACAUGCAGUAUUUGAUGCAGUUUUUUUUUAUCACAUCCUACCAUCGCUAUGCUGCUGUCUGAAGUUAACUUUGGGCCUGAUCCUGCAUCCGUAAAUGCUAUGGGGAUCCUGCAUCCUUUGUUAUGUCUGUCUCAUACACUGGUUUAGCAGCUUCUCCUGUAUUCUUCUCAGUCUAUAGAUAAGCCUCUGAAAUAUAUGUACUUAUCUGGUAUGUAGUAAACCAUUAUAGGCUUAGCUGCCCGUCCUGCUUCCCCGCAGUGUACAUUUUAAACCUCAGCUUACUUAGCAUCAUGCUCAACUUACACGUAAUGCCACAGUAGUUCAAAAUGUGUUUGGGUAGUCCCAAAGCUUUUAUGCAAUAAGGGUGUCUUACUUUUGUUGGAAGGCAGUGUCUUUUGAUAACAGUUAUCUAGCCCUGGAAGUGACACAGAACUAUUGCUAAUCAUAUGUAAACACUUUUCAGUAUAAGCUUCAGUGGUACAGUUGAACCAGAGUGAAUGUUUAUCUCCUCAGAAACACUCCUGCAAUAUUGUUAUAUUGGAUCAUGCUGCUAAUGUAACUUGGGAUACAACUCCUCUCAUGGUGCUACAAACCUCCCUGUCUCAUUCAGAUGUAUUUUUACCCAUAGAAAAAAAGGACUAUACUAGACCUAUAGUUGUAUGAUAUAUUUUUAUACUGUGACUUAAUUUGUCAUUAAUGAACUUUUGUGCAACACCACAAUGUAUUCAUAUGCACUUGCAAAAGUAAAAUUUUGGACAUGCAAAUUUAAACGCUGACAAGCCCAGCUCUUCUGUUCACAAAAAUAGGUGACUGCUAGUUAAUGUUAAAUGUUGGCUUUUUAUAUGGUGUGGAGUGAAGAACAUACUAUAUGUUACUAAAAGCCUUAGACAAAAACUGGGAAGAGUAUAUUGGUGAAUGAUGUCACAUCCAAACCUGACUCGGAUUGCUGAAAUUAUAUUUUUAGCUAGUGGAAAAAUUGUUUGGACUUGUAUGCUAAAAUGUUUUUAAUGAUAAAAGUUUUGAGUCAAAAAAAUAGAGGAAAAAAAAAGAACACAAAACCCUGCAUUCCAGACUGAAUUUGUAUAUGUUUCUUGCAUUUAAAAUUUGCUAUCCUGUGAUAUGGGAAAUCGAGUUGCUUAUCAUGUAUAUGUACUUUAAAAUGUAUUCACAAACUACUGUUGUAUUUGUAUAAAAUAUAGACAAAAAGAUUGCAUAUAUAUUUUUGUGUAUAAGCUCUGUAAAAUAGCAAUCACGUUAUGAAGCUGCAGCAGAACUUCAUUUUAAACAUUCACAUCCAAAGAAACAGACUAUUUAUUGUCCACAUACCCUGAUUAUAAAAUAUACCUUGCUGCUAUUAAACAAUAGUGCUGCAGCUUCUUGUGGCCUACAGUGUUAUGUUUGCUGUACAAAAAUAUGUGAACUCCACAAAAUAUAUCAAUAAAAUUACAGAAUGGUUUUAGUUAAUGAAUAA